ACAUGCAUUGUCCCUGAGCAGAUGCAGCACAUGUUAAAAUUUAACACAUCAUGUAGUGUUUUAACACAUCCUUUCUAAGAGUGUAGAUGAAUUUAAAUACUUGGAGUCAUCCAAAGCAAGCAGACAGUGCAGAGAGAAAGACUAAAGAACAAAGCAAACUAUGAGGAACACUCGAAAACAGAAGCUGAGGCAGUGCCUGCGUUGUUCUAAAUAUUGGUGGGGGUGGUGUCACGUUUUGUUGUCCGCUAGCUCCCGCUUUAAAUAUACAUGUACAAUAGUUUCUUGCUAUAUCAAUAAAGGCUACCUGACACCGCAUCCGCCAUCACGUUACCAUAGCUGUAUCGGAAGCUGUUGAUUAUGAGUUUAUGGAUGAUAACACCAUAACGUCUUCCUCCGCCUGCACUUUUGUUUUUUCACCGGCUCUUCCCCGCCUAGGCUCUCCACGUCACAUGCGGCGCAUCGUUGCAGGCGAAUGGAGCCGAACCGCUAUCUUCAGUGACCUGGAUUGUGGAGGGUCUGGAUUCUGCCCAGCUCAGCGGAGAAGAUAAUACUGCAGAUGGAAUCUUGACCUGAACAAUGCCGCUGCAGGGCAGCGCUGUGCCUGGAGCGUCCGCCGAGCUGAAGGAGGAGCCGGCUUGAGAAAUUCCAGUAAUCGUAACACCCUUAACUACACCUGGAUUACAGCAAACUCACCUCUCUGGUUGCACAUCGAUCUUCUACAUGGAUAUGGAGGGAGCAGGAUAGCGGGAAGAUGAGACCAGAUCUUCGCAAUUUAAGGGUGCACCAACCAUAGCCAAUGGAUCUAAAGAGAGUGCUAUCCUUCCCCCCAUACCCCGGGGAUUACCUACAUCCAGUGGUGUAUGCCUGCACCGCAGUUAUGCUGCUCUGUCUGCUUGUCUCCAUCAUGACUUACAUUGUCCACCACAGUGUGAUCCGAAUCAGCAGGAAUGGCUGGCACACACUCCUCAACUUCCUCUUUCACACAGGACUGACAUUUGGUAUUUUUGCUGGUGGAAUCAAUCAAAUCAACUUACCUUUUGUGUGUCAGAUUGUUGGCAUUGUGCUCCACUAUGCUUCUCUGUCUACCAUGUUGUGGCUGACCUUCACUGCUAGAAACAUCUGUAAAGAUGUUUCCAAAGACCCACUUCAGGCACAGGAGAGGAAUAGGGCUUCCCAGACUCGUACCAAACCAGCCAUCCUCAGAUUUUAUCUUGUAAGUGAUGGAAUCCCUAUCAUAAUAGUUGGAGUUACAGCAGCAUUUGGUAUGGAUAACUAUGGCAGCAGAGAUGAUGCACUGUAUUGCUGGAUGGCAUGGGAACCAAGUCUGGGUGGUUUCUAUGCUCCCAUGAGUCUUCUGGUCUUAGUCAUGUGUGUGUACUUCUUGUGGACUUACGUCCAGCUGAAGCGCCACCCAGAAAGGAAGUAUGAGCUGCGGGUUUUAAGUGAAGAGCAGCAACAGCUGUCAUCAAAUGAGUCGCACCAUCACUGCCACACUGACACUGGGUCUGCUGGGGACUGCCAGCCCUUUGCUGCUGGCGUGUCAGUUCUGGCCAAUGAGCACUCUUUUAAAUCUCAACUCCGGGCCACAGUCUUCACCCUCUUCCUGUUCCUGGCUACCUGGGCUUUGGGAGCAUUGGCUGUUUCACUGGGACAUUUCCUGGACAUGAUAUUCAGUUGUCUCUAUGGUGCUUUUUGUGUCACUCUGGGACUCUUCCUUCUCAUCCAGCACUGUGCUAAGCGUGAUGACGUGUGGCACCGUUGGUGGGCUUGUUGCCCAUCCAGAUCAAAGACAGAGGAUGGGCCUGGGGAAGGACAGAGCCAGAGGCAGGAACCCCAUCAGCCACACUGCCAUUUGAAUUCCCCACUCUCAGUGAAGCAGCAGAUGCUUUCUCCUUACCCUAUUCAGAGUUCUCACCACAGAACAACACCACCUCCCCAAAGCCCAACAUUAAAUCACACAGGUCCAUGCUGUGUGGCUGUAAUGACUCCUGUUAGCCCUUCCCCCAUCUCACCUCGUGCUGACCAAAUGCCUUCACCACGUCCACAGUCACUUCCCGAUGAGCUCCCACAUCCAGCUCUUCCCCUGCAGAGUUGCAUUGCUGAUAGAACAAAGACACGCUCUUUCAACCGUCCACGCCAAUGCUUCCAGGAUUACCAUUCUCAUAUCACUUCCACCAGUAUGGAUGGGAGUGUGCACAGUACUCACCUGGACAGUCCUCAUAAUGUGCACCACAUUGAAGCCUCACCACUGGUUAGUCCACACCCAGAUCUCCAGCUUCCGUACAUCAGCCCUCAUUUAGAUAGCCAACUUGUAGUGUCCUGUCACAGCUUGGAACGCCAGACCUCCUGCCACAGCGUGCAAGACUCGGUUGCUUCCUGUCACAGUCAUGCCCAGAACAUGCAUGACAGUAUCUCUUCCUGCCACAGCCUUCUUAUGCCUUCUCAUGGGGUCGACACCAGCCAGUGGCACAUGUACUGCUCAGUCGAUGACUCUUCCAGCACAAACUGUUGUGAGAGAGCUGAUCCCGUCACCUUGCAGUAUGAACAAGACCCUGACAAUUUGAGCUGGAUGUCAAAGACGGCAGACAAAGAAAAGAUCUGUCUAGAGCUGGAACAGAAAGGUUUCCCAAGGAACACCCUACCUCGGCAGCAUGGCACUGUGAACCGACGAGGACCCAUUGGUCGAAACAGGAGUCUGCAGGAAGAUAGCCUGUUUGGUUCAGAUGCCACAGGAAACAUACGGACAGGCCCCUGGAAGAAUGAAACCACCGUAUAGUCUUGAAAUCCUUGGAGCAGUCAAACCUUCCAGCAAAUGAGUUUUUGUUUGGGUCCCUUUGCCUACCAGGCCCUAAGACCACAGGUUGAGUUUUUACAUCCCAGUAAUAUUUCAGAUCUCUUUAUGUCAAAGUUAACAUUUUAUUGUUUCAAAAAUCAGAUCUGAAUAAACACACACACACACAUAUAUACAAAAUGAUCAGUUAAUGUUAAAUAUUUUUUCUGCUCCAUGAAAUUUAAAUUGCAAUCAGUAUUAUAUAUUGAUCCUAAGGAGCAGCCUGAAAACAUAUCAGUGUUACUGAAAGAAGUUCACAUUCCUCCUACAGUCCAAGGAUAUGCAGACAGGCAAAAAAACUCAGAAAGGCCAGUGAAAGUCAUGCAUCGACUAGACGUGAUCAAAAAAGAACUGAAGGGUUAUUUUUUGAAUGAAACAGACCCAAACUUUGAUACAAGACAGCGGUGAUAGUAAGAUUUAUUGGAUCAGUUCAUUUACCACAGAUAUUGAUUAAGAGACCUGAUACAAGCAAAAAUUUAAAAAGUGAAAAUCCUUAGAAUUCUUACCACUCAACAGAUACUGUGAAAUGUUUCAGAGCAUAAAAACUUAACAAUUCUGGAAGGUGUACAUCUCUCAGUAACUUUACUGUUUGAGAAUUCAACAAUCUUUCUUCAUUUUAAAUUCUUUGAGUGCUGUGCCUCUUUUUAAAAACUGUCUCUUACUUGUUAUCGUGUAUGCCCUGCCCUUCCCAGGCGCCUCCAAUCCUCCUAUUGCUCUUGAACAGUUCAACUUUAUUUAUACAGUGCCAAUUCACAACAACAGCUGGCUUAAGUCACUUUAUAUUGUUGUGUCUUACAAUACAGAUGUUUUUAAUAUUUUCCUUGUGAUUGCUUUGGUUGCUACCAGAUUGCUGUGGUCGCCUGUAGUUUGCAUGCAUCAGAGGUGAAUCGUCUCCAUUUCCAACGUGUGUUGCACUUUUCACAGUUUUACUACCACUUAUAUCAAGUACUUAGCAAGUGUUGGCAGACAGGUCUGGCUGUUUGGCGACUGUGGCAAUCUGUUACUGAAUAAAACAUUUGCAAGGAGGCUUUUUUGUGAAGCACUGUAUACCUCUUUGUGACCAAUUUUAGCUUGUGAGAGCAAGUUAGUUCCCGCAUUUGCCAAGUGGUCGGGCAAUACACGACUGCGAAUAACCUCUACUGGGAAAUUUUGUCUAACAACCAAGGGAUGAAAGGCAGCUUCCAAUCAUUCACUAGGGGUGUGUGACUGGGGCCUAAAGAUGUGCAGUUUUGCAUGGACACAGAUAUUAGUGCAUAUUGUAUUAGAAGGAGCUUGUUUUUCAGAGUGCAAAGUGUUGUGAGAAAAUAUUUAAUUGAAUUAAGGUUGACUUGCAGAAUUCAAUUAAUUUCAUUCUAAAAA